AUGGCAGCACAAGUGUAUACAUCAUGGCGCCGAAAACGAAGUUUGAAAUAGGAGAAAAGCUGCUGUGUUACCAUGGUCCUAUAUUAUAUGAAGCCAAGUGCGUGAAAACACAAAUCAAAGACAAGGUUGUGAAAUAUUUGGUUCACUACAGUGGUUGGAACAAAAACUGGGAUGAGUGGGUAGCAGAAAAUCUGGUCCUGAAAAUCAAUGAUGCUAAUCUCCAGAAGCAGAAAGAGCUGGAGAAGGAAUACUCUGGCAUUGCUGCAAAGAUGCGAAAGCGGACAGCAGGGGCUAAGAAGAAGGAGGAUGUCAAAGAAAAGCCAGAGUCACGUUCAGGCACGCCAUCUAUUGAGAAACCGAAGGUUAAAGAAGAGAAGAGCACACCAUCGGUAUCAAGAUCAGAAACGCCAGUCCUUGAACCACCAGCUAAGAAGAAACGUGCGAGACUUGAUCCUUACACUGAGCCCGAAGAUAUAUUUACAACAAAGACCGAGAUUCAAAUAAAGAUCCCUCAAGAGUUGAGAACGUGGUUGGUUGACGACUGGGACAUUGUGACUCGUCAAAACAAGUUGGUAAACCUUCCAGCAAAAAAUACUGCAAGCCAGAUACUGGAUGCUUAUGUACGGUACAAGUCAAUAAAGGAUAAAACUUCAAACAAAGAGGCACUUACUGAAGUUACCCGAGGAAUUAAGGACUACUUCAAUGUUGUACUUGGAAAGCAAUUGCUGUACAAAUUUGAACGGCCUCAAUAUGCAGAGAUACUGGCAAAGUACCCUGACACACCGAUGAGUGAUAUUUAUGGGGCAGAGCACCUGUCUCGAUUAUUUGUGAACCUGGGCGGCUACCUCGCGUACACGGGCCUGGACGAGAAGGCGGUGGAGCUGCUGCUCACCCACAUCCAUGACUUCCUCGGCUACACGACGCGCAACGUCUCCUCCCUCUACGAUCUCAACGCAUACGUCGUCGCGUCGCCAGAGUACCAGCGGAAGGCGCUGUGACGUGUCGAGAGGGAGGGGAGGGGAGAAGCAGGAGGAGAAGGUGGGGUGUAACAGCUACUUGAUACUGCAGGAGGAGGAGGAGAACGCCUACGUCGUCGCUUUACCCGAGUAGCAGAGGAAGGCCCUGUGAAGAAGAAGGAGGGGAAGAGGAGGAGGAAACUGAAGGGGGUGUACCAGCUACUUGAGACUACAGGAGGAGAAAGAGGGGAGGCUGUAAGAGCGCCUAAAGGGAAAGUACCUGCAGGAGUAUUAUUGAGGGAAGGGGGGGUGCUAUGAUGGAUACUUCAUACUGCAGGGGGAGGAGAGGGAGGAACAGGAGGAGAAGGAGAAGGAGGGUAUAAUAGCAGUUUGAUACUGCAGGAGGAGGAGGAGGAGGAGGAGAGGCUGUAACAGCUUCUGUGACCGAGGAAGGCCCUGCGAAGUGUCGCGAGCACGCGAGAAGGGGAGGGGAGGGUAGCUAGAGGGCAGCUCAAGGGCAGCAAUCGAUCAGAGAGUAGGGCUUUAGUGCCCUGCUGCACCUGCAGGAGUAGUGGUGGGGGCGGGAGGCUAUGACAGAUACUUGAUACCGCAGGGGGAGGAGGGGGAGGAGAAAGGGGUGUAACAGCUACUUGGUACUGUAGGAGGAGGAGAAAAGCAGGAGAAGGAGAAAGGGGUGUAACAGCUAUUUGAUACUACAUGCGAAGGAAAACGGGCGGCUGUAAAAGCUUCUUACUACUACAGGAGGUAGAUAAGGAAGAGGAGGAGGAGGGCGGCAAUAUCUGCCUAGUCUUGAAAAAGAAACAUUGUGCGACAACGUCCCAAUGUUGUAGCAGGGGGCUGUCAGAGUUUAAUUCCUCCCCCAUCCGUUUCACAAGGAGGCUUGCUAUCUUCAAAUUUUCAAGGGUAACUCGUUCACAUCUGCCACUCCUCGCGUUGCGGAAAGUGAGUUACGAUAACCCGUAUCAGCCAUCUAACUGAUAACACUGGCUGCAGUGAUCGAGUUUACCGCUGUAUCAGUUGUUGCUAGUGCUGGGAUGGGAGUGCCAGGAAAUCGCGGCAAUGCCUGCCGUCCUAGUGAUGGUGAUGUGAGUGGGUAGUGUAAACUGCACGCGGUUGGCUGCCGGUCGCACUUGUGUGUGCUCUCCCUUCAAAUCGGCAACAGCAGCUGGGCCUGACGGAAUGCACGCGUGCAUCUAUCUAAGGCAAACGCAGUCAUGUUCCUGGAAUGCGCGCUAGCUAACGCGGGAGUAGCGCCAGGCGGGUUUCGUGUGUGUGUGUGUGCGCGUGCGUGCGUGCGUGCGUGCGUGUAUGUGUGCGUGCGUGCGUGCGUGCGUGCGUGUGUGUGUGUGUGUGUGUCCUCGUAUUUAUGCGCACGUUUCCACAUGGACGCUGCGUCUUAUAGCCUAAUGGCAAGGAAUUUGUAGCGCAGCAUGUUUUUGGGUAUACGUGAUCUCAUGGAGACGUCAGUGUUGGCGGCAGUAUGCGCAUCACGUGUUACGCUGUGUAUCAGUGCGAUGGUCGCAGCGCGCGCGCGGUCUUCUUUGAUUAAUAAUGUUAAGUUCCAUUACAUGUUGGGCGAUUUUGAUGUGAAUUAUAAAAUUCAAUCAUGAAAACCAAUUUCAGUGUCAGAUAUGCGGGCGACUAAUGCUCUAAUGAGCCACGCAGCACAUAAAGAAAGAUGCAAUUAAAACUAUUUACCUAAUGUAUUUGCAACUUCGCGUCCUGUUUACCAGCGAGUGCUAGAUCUACACCAAUGGCCGUCGUGUAUACGUGUUUUGCUAUUUUUCUGCCGAAUUAAACCUGAAGUGUAUCUAUUUACCAA